GCAGUUCCGGGCACGAUGCAGAGACCCGGAGGCGGCGGCGCCCCCGGGGGCAGUGGCGGGGGCAACGGCGGGGGCCAAGGCACUGCCUUCUCCAUCGACUCCUUGAUCGGGCCGCCCCCGCCGCGCUCUGGCCACUUACUCUACACUGGCUACCCCAUGUUCAUGCCCUACCGGCCGCUGGUGCUGCCGCAAGCGCUGGCCCCAGCGCCGUUGCCCGCGGGCCUCCCGCCCCUCGCCCCACUGGCCUCUUUCGCCGGCCGCCUUACCAACACCUUCUGCGCGGGGCUGGGCCAGGCCGUGCCCUCAAUGGUGGCGCUGACCACAGCGCUGCCCAGCUUCACGGAGCCUCCCGACGCCUUCUACGGGCCCCCAGAGCUCGCCGCCGCUGCUGCCGCCGCCGCCGCCACUGCCACCCGAAACAACCCCGAACUAGGCGCCCGGCGCCCGGAGGGCGGCCUGGAACCCGACGAGCUGCUGCCCGCGCGAGAAAAAGUGGCAGAACCCCCACCGCCCCCGCCUGCGCACUUCUCAGAGACUUUCCCAAGUCUGACCGCAGAGGGGAAGGUGUACAGCUCAGAUGAGGAGAAGCUGGAGGCACCAGCAGGAGAUCCCACAGGCAGCGAGCAGGAGGAAGAGGGCUCAGGUGGUGACAGCGAGGAUGACAGCUUCCUGGACAGUGCUGCAGGGGGUCCAGGGGCUCUUUUGGGACCUAAACCGAAGCUAAAGGGAAGCCUGGGGCCUGGAGCCGAAGAGGGAGCACCUGUGGCAACAGGGGUCACAGCUCCUGGAGGCAAGAGUCGACGGCGUCGCACAGCGUUCACCAGUGAGCAGCUUUUGGAAUUGGAGAAGGAGUUUCAUUGCAAGAAAUACCUGAGCUUGACAGAGCGUUCCCAGAUUGCCCAUGCUCUCAAGCUCAGCGAGGUGCAGGUCAAGAUCUGGUUUCAGAACCGACGAGCCAAGUGGAAGCGCAUUAAAGCUGGCAAUGUGAGCAGUCGCUCUGGGGAGCCUGUAAGAAACCCCAAGAUUGUCGUGCCCAUACCUGUGCACGUCAAUAGGUUUGCUGUGCGGAGCCAGCACCAACAAAUGGAGCAAGGUGCCCGGCCCUGAGCGGGAUUCCGAGGACUUAGGAAGGCAAAGGAUCUGGUCCUGAGCCUGCUCGGACACUGGCUUAGGGGCUUGGGGCCCAGCUGGUAAUUAACCCAGUUCCAGGUGUGCUUCCAGGGCUCUGGAGAU